GAGACCUUCGAGGUCAUUGCAGACUAUGAAAGCAUGCUCGAUCUGUUUAUAUGCCAUCUGAACCCUAGCGCCAUGCGGCGUCUUGCACAGAAACUAGAAGAAAUAGGUACCGACUCAGAACUAAGGCGAUAUUUGGAAAGAAUUCUAAGAAUCCGUUCCACUGGAUGGACACAGGGUAUCUUCGCAAACUUUGCCGCUGAGAGCAUGGUACCUAAAGGUCCAGAGUGGGGCGGCGGGAACUGGGAAAUCAAAACUCCAACAAAUAUGAAGAGUAUACCUCAGUGGGAGUUAGCAGGGGAGGUCAUGCCUUACAUGAAGACAAGUGAAGGCGGAAUCCCUGCCAUUGUAGCGGAUCAUAUUGGUGUUUACUUGGGUUCGAUCAAGGGGAGGGGCAAUGUUGUGGAAGUUAGUGAGAAGAGCUUGGUUCAAGCAUUCACAAGAGAGAGCAACGAGAACAAGUCUGCAGCUUCUACUGAAUUGGCUUUGGUGCAAAACAAGAAAGGUAUCGGUGGCGAUUCUGUAGGGGAUACUCUCGCUAGGCAAUUGGGAGUUGCUGCUGCUUCUAGAGAUGAGCAGGCAAAGGCAGAGGAAGAGUUUAAGAAGUCUUUGUAUGGUGUUGUGGAUGGUGGAAGUAGCGAUGAAGAUGAGACAAUGUCAAAAACAAAGAAAAUACACAUUAGAAUUCGUGAUAAGCCGAUUUCUGGCUCUACUAUAGAUGUCAACAAGCUAAAAGAAGCCACAAAACAGUUCAGUCUGGGCCCUCCUUUGCGGACUAAGUCGUUGCAAGGCCCUUCACAGGAUUUUCCUCCUAUUUCUAUGCAACCUUCAUCUGCUCCUACUGCUACCAUGCCAAGUACUGCCCCCGAUAUGUUUGGAACUGAUUCUUUAACCGCAGAAGGCCCAGCUCAGCCCAAUUCAAUGGUUACAGGCAUGGGAGUAUCAGCUGGGCCGAUCCCAGAGGACUUUUUCAGGAACACUAUCUCAUCGCUUCAGGUUGCGGCUUCGUUGCCCCCUCCAGGGGUUUACUUGUCGAGAAUUAAUCAAGGUGCUCAGGUCGCAGAUGGAAAUAGAGCAGCUACCAGUCAGAAUGUGAAUCAGAACGUGAUGACUAACAUUGGCCUUCCUGAUGGUGGAGUCCCACCUCAAGUGGCACAACCACCGCAGUUUUCGCAGCAACCUAAUGUUCCUUUUGAGUCAAUUGGGCUACCUGAUGGCGGAGUGCCGCCGCAGCAGGCCACUGUUUCUUCACAGCCUGUUUCUGUUUCUUCUCGGAUUCCGAUCUCUUCGCAGCCAAUCGAUCUCAGUUCUCUUGAAACUCCAGGGGCAAAUGCUGCGAAACCUCCUCAACAGCCUACUCAACCAACUGCUGUGCGCCCUGGCCAGGUACCUCGCGGUGCUUCUGCUUCAGUGUGUUUCAAGACAAGCCUUGCUCAUCUCGAGCAGAACCAACUUCCUGAUGCAUUAUCUUGUUUGGAUGAGGCGUUCUUGGCUCUUGCUAAAGAUCAAUCUCGUGGAGAUGAUAUCAAAGCCCAAGCCACUAUUUGUGCUCAAUACAAGAUUGCUGUUGCAUUACUUCAGGAAAUCGCUCGUCUCCAAAAGGUUCAAGGUGCGGCCGCCCUGAGCGCCAAGGACGAGAUGGCUAGGCUCUCUCGCCACCUCGCCUCUUUGCCGCUCCAAGCAAAGCACCGCAUUAACUGUAUACGCACCGCCAUCAAGCGGAACAUGGAGGUGCAGAACUACGCGUACGCGAAGCAGAUGCUCGACCUGCUCUUCUCUAAGGCGCCGCCAAACAAGCAGGAUGAGCUUAGAAGUUUGAUAGACAUGUGCACCGAAAGGGGGUUAUCAAACAAAUCAAUCGAUCCAUUCGAAGACCCCUCGCAAUUCUGCGCUGCCACUCUCAGCCGCCUGUCGACAAUCGGGCAUGAUGUUUGUGAUCUAUGUGGGGCGAAGUUCUCCGCACUCUCCACUCCGGGGUGCAUUAUCUGUGGUAUGGGGAGCAUUAAGAGGUCGGACUCUGCUGCGGGAGCUCCGGUGCCAUCGCCAUUUGGGUGAAGAUUGGAUGUUAGAUGAGUUUAUUCGCUUUCUGAUGUUUGUAUCUUAUGUUGUGCGUAAGUUUGUUUGUUGGUUAUUGUAGUUGUGGUUUUCGAUCAGUGGAGAUGUGUUAUUAGUUUGUAAAUUUUUUACAAGAAGAAUCCCGUUCAUACGAGUUAUUUUGAUUCAUUUGAAUUUUCAUAUAGUUUUCGACAUCAUGAACCCUUCGGCCAACGAGAAUAUUUUGAGAGCUCCAAUUGUAUUCAUUAUAUUCUUAGAAUUUUUUGGAUCCUUGUGCAAAA